UGUUAUUUGGUUAUGGCGGUGAAAAGAGGUUGCUCUCUCUGACAAAGGUUUUCAAUUCAAGGGUUGUUAGAAUAAUGAGUGCGGUGAACAUCACGAAUGUUGCGGUAUUAGACAAUCCGUCGUCGUUUUUGGCCCCUUUCCAGUUUGAAAUAUCUUACGAGUGCGUCACUCCUCUCCAAGACGAUUUGGAAUGGAAGCUCAUAUAUGUUGGAUCAGCUGAGGAUGAGACAUAUGACCAGCUUCUAGAAAGCGUUCUUGUUGGCCCUGUAAAUGUUGGAAAUUACCGCUUUGUCUUGCAGGCGGACCCUCCAGAUCCUUCAAAAAUUCGUGAAGAAGACAUUAUUGGUGUUACUGUGCUCUUGUUGACCUGCUCAUAUUUGGGGCAAGAAUUUGUCCGAGUUGGCUACUAUGUGAACAAUGAUUAUGAUGAUGAGAAGCUGAGGGAAGAGCCUCCACAGAAAGUCCUAAUUGAUAGGGUUCAAAGGAAUAUAUUAACGGACAAACCUAGAGUAACAAAGUUCCCUAUUAACUUUCGCCCUGAAAAUAGUGAAAGGGAGGAGCAAGCCCCUGCACCUGACAACGUGGUUGAGGAAGAAGAUCGAAACGAAGGGCAAUUGCCUUUGCCUAAGAGUAAAUCAGAUGAAGAUGGAGCCUAAUAUGAAGAUGUUAACUUUUUGUCUAAUGCCUUCUGUUUUUGUUUGACAGUAUUUUGUCUUGGAAGUGAUAUCUCAUCCUGGGUUCUCGUGGAUGAUGUCUGAAGUCUGAUCUUCAAAACCUGUUCUUUUCUUUUUCCUUUUUCUCUUUCUUGUUAUAUAUGUAUCAAGUCCAGUUGCAUUUUGAAGCAUUUAACGAAGCUGGUUUUUAGGGUGUAGAAGAAACUGUAUGUAGACUAGAUGCCAAUUUUGGUUUUGUAUUUUGGUCCAAAAUGUUGAUAUGCAGACUCAAUGAACUUAUGGUA